AUGUCUGUCCUGCUCGAGACGAGCGCGGGUGACAUUGUCAUCGACCUCUUGGUCGACUAUGCCCCGAAGCUAUGCGAAAACUUCUUGAAGCUUUGCAAGGUCAAAUACUACAACUUCUCGCCCGUCCACUCCGUGCAAAAGAACUUUUCUUUCCAGACCGGCGACCCCCUCGGCCCGCUGUCGAAGGAGUCGGAUGGCGGCUCGUCCAUCUGGGGGCACGCCUCGGGGAACCCCUCGCUGAAAACGUUUCCCGCCUUCUUCCACCCGAAGCUGAAGCACCUCGAACGCGGCACCGUGAGCAUGGCCACGGUCCCUCUCGACUCGGACCCCGAAAUCCGCAUGGCGGCGUCGCAGUUCAUCAUCACCCUCGGCGAGGAGACCGACUUUCUCGACGGGAAAGCUGCCAUAUUCGGCAAGGUCGUCGAAGGCUUCGACGCCCUCGAAAAGAUCAACGAGGCCAUCGUCGACGACAAGGGCCACCCGAUGAUCGACAUUCGCAUCAAGCACACCGUCAUCCUCGACGAUCCCUUUCCCGACCCCGACGGCCUGAGGGAGCCGAGCGCGAGCCCGGCACCGACGGACGCGCAGCGUCAGACCGUGCGCAUCGCCGACGAGGCAGCCUUGCACGAGGAUGACGGCGUCGACGAGGAGCAGCUGGAGCGCCGCCGCCGCGACAGGGAAGCCAAGGCGCAGGCGCUGACGCUGGAAAUGAUGGGCGACCUGCCCUUUGCCGAGGUGAAGCCGCCGGAGAAUGUGCUCUUCGUCUGCAAGCUGAACCCCGUCACGGCCGACGAGGACCUCGAGCUCAUAUUCGGACGCUUCGGCAAGAUCCUCAGCUGCGAGGUCAUCCGAGAUCAGAAGACGGGCGACAGCCUGCAGUACGCCUUCAUCGAGUACGAGGAAAAGGCCUCGUGCGAGGCCGCCUACUUCAAGAUGCAGGGCGUCCUGAUCGACGACCGCCGCAUCCACGUCGACUUCUCGCAGAGCGUCAGCAGGCUGAGCGACACGUGGAGGAAGGAUACGAACAACAAGCGAAGGACGAACGCGUCUCGCGGAGGAUGGGGCGGCGUCGACGAGCUGGAAAAGCGGCGCCAGUACCGCGCCGUGGGGGAGAGAAGCGCCGGUGGCAAGUAUGGCAUGGUCUACGGCGACGAGGAGAUGAGGGGACGACACGAGCGCAGCGGCGCGGCUGACGAUCGGCCGACCGGACAGGCUCCGACGCACGGCGAGCGAGGUGAUGCCUCCCGCCGGAGCCAGAGUCCCCGCGGGAGAGACGGGAACGAUGACGCACGGGUGCCGCGAAAGGGCGCCGGCGAUCGAGAUGAGAGGAGAAGAUGGGACUGGAGAGAGCGGGAUCAAAGGGAUCGAAGGGAUCGGGAUCGGGAUCGGGAUCGGGAUCGGGACCGUGACCGCGACCGCGACCGCGACCGCAACAAGGACCGCACCCGCCGCCACGACGAUUCCUACCGGCCGUCGAGGUAA